UUCAAAAAAUUGUGUCACUCCCAAGUUGAGAACCCAACUCUCAGGACGUUGUGAUGUCAUGAAUAGGCUCAUUAGAAUAGACUGCUAUAGCAUGGGAGAGGGGUGUGUUUGAUAUUGUCAGCCACGCCUCCCUGCUUAUGACACGGAGAGGGCGGUGCUUAGUCUUCCACCGAGUUCCAGCAGCUCGAGAGGCGCCGCGGUGGUUUCAGCAGAUGAUCGCGGCGGACCGGUGGGGUCGACGAGCCCUUCCAUCUCCGCUGGUGUCAGUGCGCUUGUUGUUUUUUCUUUGUUUUCGACUCUGGUGACGUUUUUUGUUGCACUUCACGGACAAGUUUUAAGCUGAAGCGAGGAUACCUGGGAGCCGCCCGGAGAGCCGAUACUAUGCCGGGAUCUGGCGGCGCUGCCGCGGCCAAAAGUUUACCACAAGUCGGGCUACAUUCACACCAUCGGCGUUAACAUGGCGGAGCGCAGCGGCUGCGAUGUCCUCAGCAUCCCCGUGCCCAUGCGGCGCGGCGGCUCCGAGUCCAACCUGGACGUGGUGGACAGUGCGGGACACGUCGGCGUGGGCCUGGACUUCAGCAAGGGGGCGCUGGGCAUCGACAGCCUGCAGCAGAAGAUCCUCAAGGUGACGGAGCAGAUCAAGGUGGAGCAGACGGCUCGUGACGAGAACGUGGCCGAGUACCUGAAGCUGGUGAACAACGCCGACAAGCAGCAGGUGGCGCGGAUCCGCCAGGUGUUCGAGAAGAAGAACCAAAAGUCGGCCCACUCCAUCGCCCGGCUGCAGAGGAAGCUGGAGCAGUACCACCGCCGCAUGAAAGACGGCGAGGCCAACGGCAGGCACGCCCACCACAAGGACGCCGCCAAGGAGUCCGGGGGCCACAGCAAGGAGGGCAGCCUGAAGGACGUCAGCUCCUCAGGCCGACACCCGGCCCUGGACAAAGUCAAGACCAUCGGGCCGGGCGUCUCGCUCUCCCCGCCGUUCUUCUUCAACAAGUCCCGCGGCUUCGCCAACCUCAUCCGGAACAAGUACGGCAGCGCCGACAACAUCGCUCACCUCAAGAGCAUGGAGGCGGGGUCGGGGCUGCAGGCGGAGGGCGGGGCCCGGGGCCUGAGCGGCAGCGCCACCACCGUCGCCAAGGCCGGAAAGUACCACAGCGACGACGAGUGCUCCACCGGGACGUCGGCCUCCGCCGACUCCAACGGCAACCCGGCCGGGGGCUCGGCGGCAGGCUCGGGGGGCGCCGCCCGCUCGGACGCCAAUGGGCGACUGGGGGAGGUUCUGGAGAUGGUGCGUGAGGUCCGAGACGCUCAGGCCCAGCUGGCGGAGGACAUCGAGACCUUGAAUGCGCAGUUCAAACGAGACUACGGGUACUUCUCUCAGGUGAUGCAGGAGGAGAGAUACAGGUAUGAGCGACUUGAGGACCAGUUGAACGACCUGACGGAGCUCCACCAGCAUGAGACCAGCAACCUGAAGCAGGAGCUGGCCAGCAUCGAGGAGAAGGUGGCCUACCAGGCCUACGAGAGGGCCCGGGACAUCCAGGAGGUCCUGGAGUCGUGUCAGACCCGGGUGUCCAAGCUGGAGCUCCAGCAGCAGCAGCAACAGCAAACGGUCCAGCUGGAGAACGCCGACGCCAAGGUCCUCCUGGGGAAGUCCAUCAACAUCAUGCUGGCCAUCGCCACCGUCAUCCUGGUGUGCGUGUCCACCGCCGCCAAGUUCGCCGCCCCGCUGCUGCGUAGCCGCCUCCACCUGGCCCUCACCUGUGUGGGCGUGUCCUUCCUGGCGCUGCUGUGGAAGAACUGGGAACACUUGCAGUGCAGCCUGGAGCGGAUGCUGCUCCCGCACUGACUGACUGACUGGGGGGCACCAUUGUGGGCGGGGUCGGGGGGUUUACACGUAGCCUUACACCAGCACUUGUCGCUUGCAUCCCAGGAAGAACCUCCACAAACGCGGAUCCAACAAAGCUGAAGACCACGACGCUGCCUUCGGGGUGCAUGGGUAAAGACAACAUGGCGACAUGUUUUUUUUUUAUUGUCUUUUAUUUUGGAGAGCUUAUUUCCUGUCCUGAAAGGGUUUGCCGCGCCGCUGCUGAACACACGACUCCAUGAGUUUUACAUCCUGAUGUUUCUCUGCUCUUCUCACGUGCGUCCACCGUCCGUCUGCUUGUCGACGACUCUGAAGAUUUAUUUUGACAUUUUGGGAAACAUAUUUCAUGUGACCGUUGAUUACAGCGAUGGAGGCGCUUCUUCUACGCUCCUCGUGGAAACUCACUCUUGGUAUGAGUCAGUCACUCUAGUGAAUCUCGAGUCACUCACACCCAUGAGUCAGUAAAACUCCAGUUUUUGUCGAGUACUUGUCAGUCAUUGAAAUCGAUUGAAUCCCCGUGAGUCUGUAAAACCCGAGUCUUCAUGGAGCACCUGUGAGUUGAGUCUUUGAGUACCCGUGCAUUCGCGACACUCCAGUCUUCUACGAGUGCUGUUAAAUCAGUAAAACGCCAGUCUUGUUCGAGUGCCUGUGAGUCAGUAAAACUCCAGUCUUAAAGCGAGCAUCCGAGACUCAAGUGAGUACUCGUUGAGUACUCGUGAAUCAGUGAAACUCCAGUCGUUGAGUACCAAUGAGUCACACAAAUUCCAGGUCUUGUUGAGUACUUGUGAGUCGGUAAAUCCUCUUCGGCCAGCUUCCAUGAGUCAGUAAAGCUUGAGUCUUUGUCGAGCACCCGUGAGUCAGUGAAAUUCGAGUCUUGGGUGAGUACCGGUGAGUCAGUAAAAUUCAAGUCAUCAUUGAGUACCUUCCUCGUUGAGUUCUUGUGAGUCGGUGAAAUUCAAGUCUUUGUUGAGUACCUGUGAGUUGGUAAAAUGUCCUUCUUUGUCCGGUACCCGUGAGUCAUUAAAACUCGGGUCUUGGAGGACCUGUGAGUCGGUAAAAUGUCCUUCUUUGUCCGGUACCCGUGAGUCAUUAAAACUCGGGUCUUGGAGUACCUGUGAGUCGGUAAAAUGUCCUUCUUUGUCCGGUACCCGUGAGUCAUUAAAACUCGGGUCUUGGAGUACCUGUGAGUCGGUAAAAUGUCCUUCUUUAUCAAGUGCUGGUGAUUCAGUACAAUUCUGUCUUCGUCGAGUACACGAGAAACUUGAGUUAUGGAGUACCCGUGAGCCUUUGAUGACCACUCGUGAGUUAUUGAAAGUUGUGUCUUCGAGUACUUGUAAGGUGUGAUACUCCAAUAUUCGUCGAGUACCCAUUUAAUACUUUGAGUCUGUAAAGUCAAGUCUUCGAGUACCAAGUCGGUACUAAGCCGCUAACUGCGGAAGAAUGGCAUUUAAAGUCAAGGUGUGUUUCCCAAAUACUCAAAAUACUCUUUGUACAUGAAAGUUUGUGUACUGUUGUACUAAUUUGACACUUUUUCAGUGUUUUAGGGAACGUUUUAUGGUUUGCUGUUAAGAUCUGUGAGCGUUUAGUUUUUAGAGAAUCCUCAUGAACUGCCUUCUCUUGAACGGAUGCGGUGCUGCGUUCCAGCGCAGUAGGAACAACGGCAUAGUCUGAUGGUUGAAAGCAUUCCCAGCUGUGGAGGUUUAUAUCUUUAAUUCCCAACUAUUCCUCCGAGCCGUCUUUGCACUCUUGACUUGAAGAAAGUCAUUUUCGCGGCUGGCGGGAUGAAGAUUUGUUUUAGUGGCCUUCACCGCUUGAGUGGCGCCUGUUUUCCCCAUGCGACCUGAAAGCAGCACGGCUGGAUGGACAGAAGGGGACUGUAGCGCUCUAACCAGGCAUCACUGUGACGACUGACCUUCUCCAAUGCAGCUUCUCUUCUUUUUUUGUCCCUUCUAUAAGCCAAAUAUCAAUUCCAAAGGCACUUUAGCCCCUCUAUACGUAACACUACAAUUACUUUCACUGUAACGUUUGUAACAGCUGUCUCGUGUCUGCAUGUAAGCAUGCUUUUUUAAGGAGAAAAUAAAUGCUUGUUUUCUUAAUACUCUUAAUGUAUGUUUUUAUUAUUACAGACUGCUGUGCAUGCGUCUGGAAUUUGAAUUAAAUGACAACUACACCCCUGAA